AUGCCGCGCGCAGAAGCUGGAUCGACAAAGGCGAUCAGCAACAAGAUCAAGGCUAAAGGCUUAGGCAGGCUUAGAUGGUAUUGUCAGGCUUGUUCGCGCCAGUGUCGAGAUGAGAACGGUUUUCGCUGCCAUGUCCAGAGUGAAAGCCAUGUGCGCCAGGUGCUGCUGAUCGGCGAAGACCCCAAGAAAUACAUCGAAGACUACAGCAAGCAAUUCCUCGACAACUUUCUCAAUUUACUCAAGACCGGCCAUGGCGAGAAGAAGGUUCACAUCAACCAGUUCUACCAGCAAGUCAUUGCCGAUAAGGAGCACAUCCACAUGAACGCUACGAAGUGGAAGAGUCUUUCACAGUUCGCUGCAUACCUGGGUCGUGAGGGAAUUUGCCGUGUCGAGGAGACGGAGAAGGGUCUGUUCGUAUCUUAUAUCGAUCGGAGUCCGGAGGCCAUGAGACGACAGGAGGCUUUGCUUAAGAAGGAACGCCAGGAUCGAGGUGAUGAGGAGCAGGAGCAGCGACAGAUUCGGGAGCAGAUUAAGCGCGCUCAGCAGUCUGCGAAGGAGGAGGAAGAUAUCGACCCUGAAGCUCGCAAGCUGCAACGCAAGGAGGGUGAGAAGGUCAAGCUGAAUAUUGGAUUCGGUUCGAAGACAAACGGCGACUCGAAGAGCGAGUCACCGAAGCCCGCAUCGUCUGAGGAGAAGGAUAGCGGUGCGUCGGCCACUCCAGAAACUGCCGAUGCUUCGCCUGCGCCUGCUGCCGCUGCCACUCCCGCCUCCGCCCCGCCUGCGCCGCAGGCUGCGCCGAAAGUAUCUUUGUCCUUCGGUGGUGGUGGAAACAAGCCGAAGAAUGUCUUUGCUGCGGCUGUAAAGAAGAACCCUCUUGCAGGAAAGAAAGGGCCAAUUAUGGAACAACCCAAGAAGAUGACGGAGCAGGAACGCAUCAUGAAGCAGGAGAUGGAGGCUAUGGAGCGGAAGCGUAUGCGGGGUUCUGCUGGGUUCCCUGAUGCGAAGCGCCCGAAGAUCUCUUGA